AUGGUCUUUACUGAGAGGCUUGCUAUCAACAGCGCAUUCCGGAUCAAUACAAGGGAUAACUUGUGGUACAGGUAUUUCAUGGACAAAGGAGUGAAAGGUGGUACCGUACCUGCCCCCAAACCCCCUCCUCAGUGGCUCAAACAAGAUCAACGGGUAUCUGAGCGGGUAUCUUUGUAUACCUGCCACUUGCACAAGGGCGGUUGGAGGGGGUGGCCAGCAAUUGACCGGAAGGUCUUCCUUCCGGCCAACAAGUUGACGUGGCACAUGUCCCUUGUUGGCCAGAAGGAAAACCUUCCGGUCGGCAAGGAUUCCAAGGAGAAUGGGGCAUCCAAACCCAAAUCUGAAUCCUCUGGUGGGUAUCCUUUUGCCCUGGAGGGUAUCCGCCAGCGGAUAACAGGUAUCCACAACGGAUACCCUGAGGCCGUCUCUAGUACAGUCUCAAGUUUGGAGGAAUGCCCCCAACCUAAAGGCAGAGGUCACAAAGCAGGGAGGACCCCCUCCUGGAAAGCAGAUCUGUAG